AUGUCUGCUGACACUAGCUAUGACUCCUACGCCUAUGACGACGGCACCUAUGAUGACGGCACCAAUGACGACGGAACAAAUUAUGGCACUGCGAAUGACGACUCUACUAAUUGGGACGCUACCAAUGGUGACGCUGACAAUCUAGGCGCUGCCAAUGACGAGGACGCGAACUACGGCUAUACCAAUGACGAGGACGCCAACUACGGCUAUACCAAUGACGACGCCAACUAUGGCGCUGCCGAUGACGAGAAUGCGAACUACGGCUAUACCUACAACGAGGACGCCAACUACGGCGAUACCAAUGACGACGCCAACUACGGCGCUGCCAAUGAUGAGGAUGCGAAUUACGGCUAUACCAAUGAUGAGGACGCCAACUACGAUGACGAUGAUGCAAAUUAUGGCGCUGCUAUCGGCGGAGAUACUAACUACAGCAAUACCAAUGACGAUGAUGCCAAUUACGGCACGGCCAAUGACGACGAUGCCAAUUACGGCGCUACCAAUGACGACACUGCCGUUGGCGACGCUGCUCAUAUAUCUAGCGACGGUAACAGCACGUCUGGCAAUGGCCCUGCCCCGGCUGGCAAUAACCCUCCCCCAGCUGGCAACAACCCUCCCUCAGCUGGCAACAACCCUCCCUCAGCUGGCAAUAACCCUCCCCCAGCUGGUAACGGCCCUCCUCCAGCUAACAGCAGCCCACCCCCAGCCAGCAACAGCACGGCGACAUCUAGUGCCAGUGCCAUCACUGCUAGCAAAAGCCUUGCGACAUCCAGCAACAGUACUACGGCCUCUAGUAACAGCACUGCGACGUCCAGCAACGGCACUACCCCGGCUGGUAACAGCACUACAGUGGAUCCCAAAUACUACGUGACAAGCGGGCCCGCCUCGGCCUUCGCAGCUCAAUUCGAUCACCGCAUCUGUUCUUACGAGGUUCUGUUGAAAGCAUUCCAGCCAGUUAUAACGACGGCCAAUGGCGGACAUGACUACUCCUCCCUGACCACAUACGACCAGAACGGCCAGCCGACGGGUGGUCUCAUGCAAUGUUCAGGCAGCAAGGGUCUCACACAGUCGAGCACUCCACCUCAACUAUCCGACGUCGUCUCCAUGCUUCAAACCGGCGCCACCCAUUUCGCACAGUGUUUGACACAGCAGAAAGGGAACGUCUACGAGGCGCUGCGCGUCUACAAUUCCGGCAGCAUCGCCCCGAGCGGCGAUCUCAGCGAUCCCAAGAGCGUGGGCACGCCGUCCUACGUCUGUGACGUCGCGAAUCGCAUGCGUAAGUUUUUCUUCUUCUUCUUCUUCUUCUCUCUCCUCUUGUGA